AUGGCUGCGACCAGUCCCGCCCACACCGCAACCUCCUCCACCACCACGCGCGAGUCUCCCGUGCAACAACAUUCACAUCAACACUCACAACACUCACAACACUCACAACACUCACAACCUCAACAACCUCAACAACCUCAACAACCUCAACAACACCAACAACAACACCAACAACAUCCGCCUCUACCACUACCACCUCCACCAACACUUCAACAUCAACAACACCAACACCAACCACAACAACGACAAGCCUCCGUCACCUUUGGCCCUUCCGACGAACGACUGGCCAAGAGGCAGAAAGUCACCAGAGCCUGCGACGACUGCAAGUCCCGCAAGAGAAAAUGUACCGGCGAGCUGCCCUGUCAAGCUUGCCACUCCAACGGAUCGCGAUGUACAUACCUGGCGAGCUACACACGCGGUAGACCCGUCCAGCCACAGACAAGAAGCACCGGCAGCACCGGCAGCAGCAACAACCGUCUUCCCCCAGCUGGCCCUCAAGCGGGCGUCGCCUUCACCAGCCCGACUCAUCAUCAGCCAACCCAUUUUGAGCCUGUGGUGAGAGCACCGCAGACCUACCAGCAACCGGAGCCCGGCGUCAAGGCGUCACGAACUUCGUCUCCAGAAGGCGCUGGCGGUGUAGGCGGCGACGGUGGUGGUGGCGGCGGUGGCGGCGGCGGAAACGUGUUUGCUGGUCAGGAUCUAGGACCGAGCCCUUGGUCUUUCCUCCGUCGAGCGUGGAAGCGAUUCGAAGAAGAUGGGACCAAAGUCAAUUGUAUUCACCCUGAGGAGCCCUCGCCCGUGGGCUCCAUCUUCACUCAUGGCGACCGACAGCCCCCGCCCGUAGAUCGCAGCGCCUUCCGUCUGCCACCUCGUGAUAUCACGUCGACGCUGGUACAGCAUUAUUUCAACCUCGCCAUGCCGACGUAUCGAUUCUUACAUCAGGGCACGGUCCUGGUGUGGCUGGAAUCGUUCCACGAAGCCGAAGAACAGGGACGACAUCCUGCCCGGAGGUUUCCCGCUCGCGAAGCUGUCGUGCUGGUGGUGUUGGCUACCGCUCGUUUGCUCAAUGUGGACGAUCGAGAGGAGAUUUUAGAUCCCGACGAGCGCAUUAGAGCAGACAGUGAGCGUUUGUACCAAAUGGCACAAGCGAGGCUACAGCGAGAGACUGGUCGAGCAACACUGGAGAGUGUUCAAGCGAGAAUUGCGUCGUGUUUGUUCUUGCUGCAGUCAUCGCGCCCGAAUGAAGCUUGGUACUUGUUCGGCACUACCGUCCAAUUACUCUUCAAUAUAGGUUUACACCGAUCUGAGAAUUGGACCAAAGACGCAGUCGCUCGGGAAUGCCGCAAACGCGCCUUCUGGGCCUGCUCUACCCUCGAUACCUACCUCUCCGUCAUCAAAGGCGUUCCGCCCCUGAUCAAUCUCGACGAUGUGGACCAGAGAUUACCAGAUGCAAUCGACGAUGAGGAUCUGACCGCUCUGGGCAGCAUGGCCACUCAGACACGAGGUGACAGUGUCAUCAAAGCAUCUAUUCUCCACGCCCAAGUGACCCGCAUCGUCAAGACAGCCGCACGCGAGCAGUAUCUGUCCGAGAACAACAAGAAAAAGAGCUUCCAAAAGCUAGGAAUGGCUGCAAAGCUGAAUGCGGAGACAGACGCCUGGCACGCCUCGUUGCCUGUCGUCCUCUCCGGCGCCAUCCAUCCUUCGAGCCUGAUUCCCAUCUUUCGGAGACAAAUUACUGUGCUACAACUCGCGCAUGCCCACGCUCAAAUGUUGAUUAACCGUCCGAGCUUGUUGGUGGAUUCUUCGCAUUCGGGGUUGAGAGAGGCACAGGUUCAGACCUGCCUGUCUGCGGCCAAGUCUACACUGGAUACCAUUCUUGCAACGUCGUUCAACAAGCACAUUUUUCAGGCUUUCUGGUACACGCAAUUCGUCUCCUUCAAUGCCCUUUCUAUCGUCUAUAUCUGGCUCAUCCAACGCAAAAACGGCCACUUGCCACCCCUUUCCCCCGCACCGUCGCAACUAGCAUCAACGAUCACAAGCCCACCUCUACACGAAGACGACCUCCUCCAACUCGCACAGACGGUGCAACAACACCUAGUAGACGCCACCGAAGCCAACGCACCUAGUCUGAGAUACAACAUCGUCCUCGAAGAAUUACAACAAGAAGUCCAUCGAAUGAUGACGACGAUGACGACGACGACGAACCCUCCUCCUCAUCAUCAGCAACAACAUCAACAGCAACAGCAAAGACCGCCUCAUUUGAGUGCAUUGUUGGAAACUGGGACCCCUUCGAAUGGACGAGCAUCCGAGAACCACAACAGCUCGUCAUCACCUUCUUCUUCGACUCACUAUUCCAAUUCUGCUUCGAACGCGUCCCAAUAUCAUCACCUCAAUCUUCCCCUACCCACACAACCAUCCCCAUCAUCCUCCGGUAUGACGACGCCCAUGAAUCGGGUCGUGACCUCUGUGGAAACCGGUCCUCUUUCUUCCAACUCUCCUUUUGGCGCUUCGAUGAUGGGAGGAGGAGCAGCAGGAGGGAUUUAUAGCAAUAGUGGAGGAGGUGGAUCAGGAGGAGGAGGAGAUGAUUUCCCCUUGGACCCGGAUUUAUGGUUAACGUUGGAUUCUUUUCCAUUUUCCGAUUUCGGGCAAUUGACUUGGCGAUGAUGGGAUGAAAUGCGAUGCGAAUGAGCGGAUAUAUGAAGUGACCUUUUUUCUUUCUUUCGUUUCUUCUUUUCCUCGCCUGAAACUACCUUAUCUACUUUACCUUACUGAACGUAUAUAUACCCGUCCGAUAUUUUAUGAUUU